UUUUAGGAUCCAAAUUAUCACCUUGGGUUGGCGCUGCCCAAACUUACCUGAAUUGCAUGCCACUACCAAAAACGCACAAAAUUACAGCUUUUGGGGGCAGACAACGUAAGAGAACCUAAACAAUCGCCAUCUCUAAACCCAAAAUCACGCACUCAGUUUUGCCUCUGUAGACUGCAGUACACCCAGCCAAACGCUAAAUUCACUCUCUUUCUCUUUACUUUGAGUCUUCCAUGGAAGCCCUUGCCAGCUCUGCGUUCGUCCCGGAGACGCACCCAGUUCUUCAUAACCCCACUUCAGUCAGAACACCAAAUAAGCGAAGUGGAUUUCUCAAAAUCAGUCAAAGUUCUCAUUUUGUUGGGCUGCGGGUUCAAGCUCUCUCAGGGGAGGCUUCUGGGUCCGGUGACAGUGAAAAGGUCAGGCCCUCGAAUAAUGGGUUUGGUUUAGUUUCUGAAGAGAUUCUCUCUUUGUCUCAGGGUAAUUUAAAUCAGUCUGAUAGUAGUGAGAAGAAUGUGAGUGAGGCAGUAAAUUUAGACAUGUCUCUUUCACCCCUGCCUGCAAAUGGAGCAGCAGGGGGAACAAGAGCUGGGCUCUUUAGAACUCCAAUUUCUGGCGGGGUGCAGAGUGCAACUUCAGCUCAUGGGUUACCUCGACCCGCCUUAGCUGUACGCAAUCUUAUGGAGCAGGCUAGAUUUGCUCAUUUGUGCACCGUAAUGUCGCGCAUGCACCAUCGACGAGAAGGAUAUCCAUUUGGUUCUCUGGUUGAUUUUGCACCUGAUUCUACCGGGCAUCCUAUAUUUUCGUUUUCACCAUUGGCCAUCCACACACGGAAUCUGUUAGCUGAUCCAAGAUGCACACUUGUUGUGCAGAUUCCUGGAUGGAGCGGCUUGUCGAAUGCAAGGGUAACCAUUUUUGGUGAUGUCUACCCACUUCCAGAGCAUCAACAGGAAUGGGCUCAUAAACAAUACAUAGCAAAACAUCAACAGGGGCCUUCUCAACAAUGGGGAAACUUCUACUACUUCAGGAUGCAGAACAUAAGUGACAUAUAUUUCAUUGGUGGAUUUGGCACUGUUGCUUGGGUUGACGUCAAAGAAUAUGAGGCCGUUCAGCCUGAUAAGAUUGCAGUUGAUGGAGGGGAGCAGAACCUGAAGGAACUUAAUGCAAUCUUUUCGAAGCCCCUGAAAGAGCUUUUGUCUGCUGAAUCUGAGGUCGAUGAUGCUGCUCUCAUAUCCAUAGACAGCAAAGGAACUGAUGUUCGGGUCCGUCAGGGUGCACAGUUCAACAUACAGAGGAUAUCAUUUGACGAAGGCCAUUCUGUCGAGACGUUAGAGGAAGCCAAGGCUGCUCUUAGGAAACUUAUAAACAAAGGCCGAGUAUUUAAGUUAUAAAAGUAAAAGACAGGCAUUGCCUUAUAAUGCAUUUGCCUUUCUGCCUUAUGAGAGAGAAUGAGAAUGGAUAAGCGUGGAUGGUUGGUGACUGUAAAACAAGUCGCAGUCCUUUCAAAUUUCAAAUUGAGAACGAUGACCACAUCCGUUUUGUCAACUUACAUAUAAUGCUGUUAACCUAUAGGAACUGUAAUAAUAGCACCAUUAUAUGAAGAAAAUGAGAGAACAUUAUCAUGUUGGUAAA